GAGAGCUGCUGACGGAGGUAAUGGGCGGGCCAGACGUACACCUGAGCAGGUCAGGGUGAUUUGAUGUGUGUGCCCACGCCCCCUGUGAAUAAUCUGUCGGAUCGAUUCGUUUCUGCGAACGUUGUUUUUUUAUGCGUGGAAUUAAGAACGAUCACAUUGGGAACGGAUACUUUUACCGGUCUCUUUUUUAGCCUACUACUACUUUUUCGGCUACUUCGAGAUUUAUUGGAUAUUAGCCUAAAUCAACACAAUGCAAUAUGUUCAUUUAUCUAAGGAUUCAUGCCGAAACGGUUCCAUAAUAAGGCUACUGUGUCCAUCUCAGACUGCGGUGUGUAUAGUCAACGGGGAGGCAAACCUCCUCAACACCUCUUUCACUGACAAUCACAAUGCCACUGAGACAGGGCUGUCAGCCGUCGGCAACAACUGGACCAACUAUAACUUCUGGACUGGUUUGACCUUGGCAGUGCUGUCGGCCUUCCUGAUUGGAGGAAGUGUGAUGCUGAAGAAGAAGGCCCUGCUUCGCCUAGCCAAUAAUGGACAGACCAGAGCAGGUGAAGGUGGUCAUGGAUAUUUAAAGGACUGGCUAUGGUGGAGUGGACUUCUAACCAUGGGUGCCGGUGAGGUUGCCAACUUUGCAGCGUACAUGUUUGCUCCAGCUACUGUGGUGACUCCUCUGGGCGCCCUGAGUGUCCUUAUCAGUGCAGUGCUGUCCUCUUACCUGUUGGGGGAGACACUGAAUCUGUUGGGGAAACUGGGCUGUGUGCUCAGCAUACUGGGCAGCACUCUCAUGGUGAUCCAUGCACCUGAAGAAGAGGAAGUCACUACCCUGCAGCAGAUGACUGACAAAUUGCUUGACCCAGGCUUCCUUGUGUUUGCCAGUAUCCUGUUGGUGGCCUGCUUGCUGCUUAUCUUCUACUUCUCCCCCCGUGUGGGCCAGACCAACAUCCUGGUCUACAUCGGCAUCUGUUCCCUGCUGGGAGCCUUCACCGUCUCCUCCGUCAAGGGCCUGGGCAUCGCCAUCCGCACAGUGUACUCUGACCCGGCCGUGGUGCGUCACCCGCUCACCUGGAUCCUUCUGGUGUCACUGGUCAGUUCCAUCGUGGUCCAGGUCAACUACCUGAACAAGUCUCUGGACACCUUCAACACGCUGCUGGUCUACCCAAUCUACUACGUGUGCUUCACCACCGUGGUGCUCACCACCUCCAUCAUCCUGUUUAAAGAGUGGGGGACCAUGUCUGGUGUGGAUGUGGUGGGCACCGUGGGGGGCUUCCUGGUCAUCAUCUUGGGGGUAGCCAUGCUGCACCUGUUCAAAGACAUCCACGUCACCCUGGAGGGCCUGGCCAGCAGAAUGUGUCAGCCGCUAGAGGUGAAACGGGAGGACAAACACAUCCUCAUUGAGAAUAUGGAGAGCCUGCCUCCCAUGAGAGAAGACGCACCCAGAGUCUUCAUCAUCAGCUGAGAGACUGGCACCCAGGAUCUUCAUCAUCAGCUGAGAGACUGGCACUCAGGAUCUUCAUCAUCAGCUGAGAGAUUGGCACUCAGGAUCUUCAUCAUCACCUGAGAGACUGGCACCCAGGAUCUUCAUCAUCACCUGAGAGACUGGCACCCAGGAUCUUCAUCAUCAGCUGAGAGACUGGCACCCAGGAUCUUCAUCAUCAGCUCAGAGACUGGCACCCAGGAUCUUCAUCAUCAGCUGAGAGACUGGCACCCAGGAUCUUCAUCAUCAGCUGAGAGAACUCUUAGCACAUUCACUUAUGUAAAUAUUUAUUUGUUCGUUUUUUUAUUGGUAGUUUUAUGUAGAUUAUGUGACCAGAGCUGUUGUUGACUAUGUCUGUGAUGCUCCAGGAUGCUAAAUAGCUACUGAGGACCUUUGUCUAUGAAGGUACCAGAGAAGAGAUGACAUUUUAUAUAGUUGUUUAUACUUGUGGGUGUUUUUUUAACCUCAGUUAAUGAUCAUACGGGUUGCUGAUGACGCUGCAGGCUAUGUAGACUGCUGCUGAAGACCAAUGUUUGCAAUUCAUCAAGGCAUUUUAAAAAGGGUAAUUUUUUAUAUAGAUAUAUAUAUAUAUAUAUAUAUACUUUGCAUUUUAAGAUGUUGACUACAUUUCAUAUUUCUGUUGCCUGUCACUCAUUUCAAUAAAUAUUUUCUAUUUUGUGCCCAUUA